GUUUCGGGCCUCAGGUGGGACGCGGUGCCUAAGCCCCCCGGACCUGCAGCUCAGCCGGCGAGGCUCAGGAGGGGGCACGAGCAUGGAGCGGCUUUGGGGUCUACUUCACAGAACGCAAAGGCUGUCCCCACGACCCUCUCAGACCAUCUACAAGCGCGUGGAGGGCACCCAGCAGUGGCGCCUGGAGGAGGAAGAGGAAGACGGGGAGGAGGGGGCUGAGCCACCCAUCCACUUCUGCCCUAUGGAGCUGAGGGGCCCUGACCUGGGCUCCAGAGCAGGGAAGCAGAACCUCGGACUCUGGGCAGCAACAGCACGAAGGGCUGCCCCCUACCUGGUCCUGACAACCCUGCUGAUCUUCACUGGGGCUUUCCUUCUGGGCUAUGUGGCCUUCCGAGGGUCCUGCCAGGCAUGCGGGGAUGACGUGUUGGUGGUCAGCGAGGAUAUAAACUAUGAGCCGGGCCCAGACUCCCACCAGGGCACCUUGUACUGGAGCGACCUCCAGGCCAUGUUCCUGAGGUUCCUGGGGGAGGGGCGCCUGGAGGACACAAUCAGGCAAACCAGCCUUCGGAAAAGGGUGGCUGGCUCGGCCGGCAUGGCGGCCCUGGCUCAGGACAUCCGCGUGGCGCUCUUGGGCCAAAAGCUGGACCACGUCUGGAUGGAUACGCACUACGUGGGGCUGCAGUUCCCGGACCCGGCUCAUCCCAAUACCCUGCAUUGGGUGGAGGCGGCUGGGAAGCUCGGGGAGCCCCUGCAGCUGGAGGACCACGAUGUCUACUGUCCCUACAGCGCCACGGGCAACGCCACGGGAGAGCUGGUGUACGCCCACUACGGGCGCCCAGAGGACCUGCAGGACCUGCGGGCCCGGGGCGUGGAGCCGGCGGGGCGCCUCCUGCUGGUGCGCCUGGGGGAGAUCAGUUUUGCCCAGAAGGUGGCCAGUGCCCAGGACUUUGGGGCCCGAGGAGUGCUCAUAUACCCUGAUUCUGCAGACUUCUCCCAGGACCCACACAAGCUCGGCCUGUCCAGCCACAGGGCUGUGUAUGGACAUGUGCACCUGGGAACUGGGGAUCCCUACACGCCUGGCUUCCCUUCCUUUAAUCAAACCCAGUUCCCUCCAGUCCAGUCCUCAGGCCUCCCUAACAUCCCAGCCCAGCCCAUCAGUGCGGACAUUGCCUCCCUCCUGCUGAGGAAACUCCAAGGCCCUGUGGCCCCCCAGGAAUGGCAGGGGCACCUCCCAGUCUCCCCUUAUCGCCUGGGCCCUGGGCCAGGCUUGCAUCUAGGGGUCAACAACCACAGGGUCUCUACCCCCAUCAGCAACAUCUUUGGCUGCAUCGAGGGCCGCUCAGAGCCAGAUCACUAUGUUGUCAUUGGGGCGCAGAGGGAUGCGUGGGGCCCAGGAGCGGCCAAGUCUGCUGUGGGGACAGCCAUAUUGCUGGAGCUGGUGCGAACCUUUUCCUCCAUGGUGAGCAAUGGCUUCCGGCCUCGCAGGAGCCUUCUCUUCAUCAGCUGGGACGGAGGGGACUUUGGGAGCGUGGGCUCCACAGAGUGGCUAGAGGGCUACCUCAGCGUGCUGCACCUCAAAGCCGUAGUCUAUGUGAGCCUGGACAAUGCAGUGCUGGGAGAUGACAAGUUCCAGGCCAAGACCAGCCCCCUUCUGAUCAGCCUCAUAGAGAACAUCCUGAAGCAGGUGGACUCUCCUAACCACAGUGGGCAGACCCUCUAUGAGCAGGUGAUGUUCAACAAUCACAGCUGGGAUGCUGAGGUGAUCCAGCCACUGCCCAUGGACAGCAGUGCCUAUUCCUUCACGGCCUUUGCGGGGGUCCCUGCCGUUGAGUUCUCUUUCAUGGAGGAUGGCCAGGCGUACCCGUUCCUGCACACGAAGGAUGACACAUACGAGAACCUACACAGGGUCCUGCGGGGCCGCCUGCCCGCGGUGGCCCAGGCUGUGGCCCAGCUCGCUGGGCAACUCCUCAUCAGGCUCAGCCACGAUCACCUGCUGCCUCUGGACUUCGGCCGCUAUGGGGACGUGGUCCUCAAGCACAUCGGCAGCCUCAACGAGUUCUCUGGGGACCUCAAGGCCCGCGGGCUGACCCUCCAGUGGGUGUACUCGGCGCGGGGGGACUACAUCCGGGCAGCUGAGAAGCUGCGAAAGGAGAUCUACAGCUCAGAAGAGAGCGAUGAGCGGCUGAUGCGCAUGUACAACGUGCGCAUCAUGCGGGUGGAGUUCUACUUCCUGUCUCAGUACGUGUCGCCGGCCGACUCCCCGUUCCGCCACAUUUUCUUGGGCCACGGAGACCACACGCUGGACGCGCUGCUCGACCACGUGCGACUGUUGCGCUCCCACGGUUCCGGAGACCCUAGGGCUGCCUCCUCCGGGGUGGCUCCCGGCCUGGGCUUCCAGGAGAGCCGCUUCCGACGCCAGCUGGCCCUGCUUACCUGGACGCUGCAGGGGGCAGCCAACGCACUUAGCGGGGACGUCUGGAACAUCGAUAACAACUUCUGA